AAUCAGUGACUGUUUAAGUCAUGUAUGAAUACACUGAACUCCGUCAGGCCAGUCAAUACUGUUAACUAUGUCUGUUACCACGUGUGUUGUAAAAACACUCCUCUUUUUAAAUCUAUAUCUAUUAACACAUGUUCAAUCAAAUGAGGGAAAUGCUACCGAAAAUUGUGUUCAAUUGUACGAAAAAGGGGUAGAAGCUUAUUUGGAGAAUAGUUGGGGAGAUUGUGUAACUUAUUUUGAAGAAGCUAUAGUGAAAUACAGAAAAUAUCGGAAGCAAGUAUCAAGUUGUAGAUUAAAGUGUAAAAAUGAUGCUGAACUCUCCGAACCUCUAUAUCCUGUGGAUUUAGAAAAUUUAUUAUUUUUUGAGAGAGCGAUUAGACAGACUUUGUGCAUUAUAAAGUGUGAAAAUGAAAAUAAAAAUAUACUGGAAAACUACAAUGUUAAUCUGGAAACCGGCAGUUUGUUUGAACAACAAAAACCUUAUGAAUAUUUACAUAUUUGUUACUUCCAGACAAAGCAACUAGUAAAGGCUGCAUCAUCGGCAUUUACAUAUUUAGUUGCACAUCCUGAUGAUAAAAUUAUGUCUCGUAAUCUGCAACACUACUUUGACCACGAUGUUGAUAAGAAGGAUAUUGUAAACUAUGAAGCCAAAGAUUAUGUUUACCUCUACAUCCAUGGUGCAGAUGCAUACGAAAAAAAAGGCUGGGAAUCAGUUGUAUUUAAUAUGGAAGAAAGUUUAGUAGAUUAUUUACAGGCGGAAGAAGAGUGUAGGGCACAAUGUGAAGGUCCUUUCGAUCAUGGAUGGUAUCCAGAUUUUAUAGCAUCCAUUUCAAAUCAUUUCACAGUAUGCUUAAAAUGCAAACAGGCAUGUAAAAAAACUUUGAGCUCAUUAAAUGGGGAAAUACAUGAUGAUUUAUUACCUAGUCAUUAUCACUACUUGCAGUAUGCCUAUUAUAAAUUGGGUAACCUUAAAGCAGCUUGUCAAGCUGUAGCCAGUUAUCUUUUGUUUUAUCCAGAUGAUGAAACCAUGCUAGAUAAUAUGAGGUACUAUUAUAAACAACCAAAGAUUCAAAAAGAUUAUUUUCAUCCCAGAGAGGAAGCUACUAGAUAUGUACAAAGACUAAUUUAUGAAAACAGAAUCUUAAAAUUUGUGAAUAAUGAAUUUAAAGAAAUUGCAUCAAAAACAAAAGGCGAAGAAAUAAAGGUAAAUGUUGUUGAUGUUGCUAUGACUGCUGAAGAUUUGAGAGGUUCUAGAAGAAUUGUUUUAGACGAAAUUUCCACGAAGAAGGAAUGCAAGAUGAUUAUGGAAAUAGCUAAAUAUUUUGCGAUCCUAGGAGAUGGUUACGAAGGCAGAAUAUCCCCACACACAACGAUGGAGAAAUUUGAAGGAAUUACAUUGAGCCGAGUAGCGUUUUUAACUUAUUGUAAAAUGUUACAAUCAAAGUAUUUGAAAAUAUUUUUAUACGUCACUGAACAAGCAAGAAAAUUAGUUCAACUACACUUCAAAAUUGAAAAAGAAUUAUAUUUCUCUUUUACUCAUCUUGUCUGCAGAUCGGCUUUACCAGAUUCCCCUUAUGCCAGAACCGAUUUCAGUCACAAAAUUCACGCAGAUAACUGCAUCAUCAUGAAAAACAUGACUUGUAUUAGGGAUUUUCCGGCUUUUACCUGGAGAGAAUAUAGUGCUAUAUUAUAUUUAAACGACGAAUUUGAAGGAGGGGAAUUUAUUUUCACUUCAGAUCCCUUUGGUGAGAACGUUGAGAGUACAGUAUAUCCCAAGUGUGGCAGAUUGGUAGCAUUUUCGUCUGGUCCAGAAAAUCUACAUGGCGUAAAAGCUGUCAAGAAAGGUACUAGGUGUGCAAUUGGAAUGUGGUUUACUUAUGAUGAAGAAUACUCUGACAAUGAUAGAGCUUUUGGACAAUAUAUUUUGGAUAAUAAUUUGGAGCAUCAUGUAGAUAUUCCUGUAAAUAUCAACAAAUUAAAUUUGAACAUGAAUUGAAUGAAAGCAACGAACUCAACCAAAAAAUUUAGAUGGUUCGUAGUGUUUGUUUUUUAGUAUUUACUAUA